UGCGAGGCAGCAUUUAUUUAAAGCCGAGCGCGGAACCGCAUUGUCCUCCCGGGCGGGUCAUACUGACUGACUGGCUGUGCAGAGACGAGCGAGUGAUUCCCCCAACCCCAUCAGCCUGAGCCGCUCAGUCCAUCUCACACCCCCUCGCCCCCCGCCUGCCCGUCCUGAUAUGAAGGUUGACCGUGUGAAGGAGGGGAGCUGCUCCCUCAUCUGCCUCUUGCUCAAUGCGCUUGUCUUUGCGGCGGCGGCAGCGGCCACCAGCCCGAAGAUCUACACCAACCACUUCUUGGUUGAGCUUCACGGAGCUGGGGAUGAGCUGGCCCGGAGCGUGGCCGCGGACACCGGCUUCACCGCGCUCAGGAAGCUUCCGUUUGCUGAGGGACUCUAUCACUUCACUCACAGUGGCAUCCCAAAGGCCAGGACAAGACGCAGCAUUCACCACACGUACUAUCUGGAAAGAGAUGCCAGGGUGAAGCAUGCGGUGCAGCAGGAAGCUUUCAACAGGAAGAAGAGAGGAUACCGCAGCAUCCAUGACAUCGGUAUCACCAUGAACGAUCCUUUGUUUACCAAACAAUGGUAUCUUGUCAACACUGGGCAAAUUGAUGGAACUCCUGGAUUAGACCUCAAUGUGGCAGAGGCCUGGGAACUGGGUUACACGGGGAAAGGAGUCACCAUUGCAAUCAUGGAUGAUGGAAUCGAUUACUUACAUCCUGACUUAGCAGACAACUAUAACGCAGAAGCCAGCUAUGACUUCAGCAGCAAUGAUCCCUAUCCCUACCCCCGCUACACGAAGGAUUGGUUUAACAGCCACGGAACACGGUGCGCCGGGGAGGUUUCUGCAGCGGCCAAUAACAACAUAUGUGGUGUGGGGGUGGCGUACUCCUCCAGGGUGGCAGGCAUUCGUAUGUUGGACCAACCCUUCAUGACGGACAUCAUUGAAGCAUCUUCCAUCAGCCACAUGCCUCAAGUUAUAGACAUCUACAGUGCUAGUUGGGGACCCACUGAUGAUGGUAAAACUGUAGAUGGACCUCGUGAGUUGACCUUGCAGGCCAUGGCCGAUGGGGUCAAUAAGGGUCGGAACGGCAGGGGGAGUAUUUACGUGUGGGCUUCGGGUGAUGGUGGCAGUUACGACGACUGUAACUGCGAUGGCUACGCAUCCAGCAUGUGGACCAUCUCCAUCAACUCGGCCAUCAACGACGGUCGCACCGCGCUCUAUGACGAGAGCUGCUCCUCCACGCUGGCUUCCACCUUCAGCAACGGGAGGAAGAGAAACCCGGAGGCUGGUGUGGCAACGACUGAUUUGUACGGCAACUGUACUCUGCGCCAUUCUGGGACGUCUGCUGCCGCUCCUGAAGCUGCCGCUGUCUUUGCCUUAGCUUUGGAAGCCAAUCGCAACCUGACAUGGAGGGACAUGCAACACCUGACAGUGCUGACGUCCAAACGCAACCAGCUACACGACGAGGUCCACAGGUGGCGGAGGAACGGCGUGGGCCUGGAGUUCAACCACCUCUUCGGCUAUGGAGUCCUCGAUGCUGGUGCCAUGGUGAAAAUGGCCAAAGACUGGAAGACGGUCCCUGAAAGGUUCCACUGCAUCGCGGGGUCGCUCCAAGAGCCGCAGGCGAUCUCUUCGGAAGGCAAGUUGAUCCUAACGAUCUCUGCCGACGCUUGUGAAGGGAGGGGUGACUUUGUCCGCUACCUGGAGCACGUGCAGGCCGUGAUCACGGUGAACGCCACGCGGCGCGGAGCGUUGAACAUCAACAUGACCUCGCCAAUGGGCACCAAGUCCAUCCUGCUGAGCCGGAGGUCCCGGGACGAUGACGCCAAGGUGGGCUUCGACAAGUGGCCCUUCAUGACCACUCACACCUGGGGCGAGGACCCCCGGGGGACUUGGGUCAUGGAGGUGGGCUUUGUCGGAGACGGGCCGCAAGAGGGCGUCCUCAAGGAGUGGACUCUGAUGCUGCACGGGACUCAAAGCGCCCCUUACAUUGACCAAAUAGUGCGCGACUACCAAUCCAAGCUGGCCAUGUCCAAGAAGGAAGAACUGGAGGAGGAACUGGAUGAAGCGGUGGAGAGGAGCUUGAAGAACCUUCUGAAGAAGAACUCUCCUCAGUAGAUGUUGCAUGUCAGUCUUAUACCCCCAAUAUUGUCCCAGCAGCUUUGUGGUUUAAAACUGCUGACAUCAAUGUUUCCUGUAGCAAACACAUCAUCAAGCUUUGUCGCAAUCUUAAAAACCCAUCUGUUGUAUAUUGUCAGUAAAUAAUUAAAUUUAAAUGACAAUUUUUUUACACGGAUACUGUUAAUUCCGCAAAUUUUAACGUACAGUUUGUGACAACCGUAGAGGAAACUCGGUGUGUGAGAUUUAAAACUAGCGACACCGUGACAGGUUUUCUUUAUGUUUUUUGUGGUAAAUGUUUAUAUAUAUAUAUAUAUAUAAAAGUGUGUUUCCAA